UGGUGCCAAAUAAUGCGGGAAAGUUCGAAGUGACGUUACUUUGCCAUGGAUGUUGAUUUGUACGCUUACUUUGGCUUGGAUGACGAUUGCACGCCGAAAGAUGUGCAACGCGCAUACAAAAAGAAAGCUAGAGAGGCUCAUCCAGAUAAAAACAAGGAUAAUCCGUUGGCAAAGGAAAGUUUCCAACAGUUACGUGUCUACUUCGAAAUAUUACAUGACCCAGUCAAAAAAAAAGAAUAUGACCGAAAGUGGAAGGCCAAGAAGGAGGUUGCCAAGAGGAUGGAGGCUAUGGAUUCUUCUAGGAGAAAACUUAAAGAAGAGCUAGAAGCUAGAGAAGCGGCUGCCGCAGCUAUGCGCAAGAAACAGUCUGAAACUACAGCUAGGCAAUUAGCAGCUGACCAGAUUCGCAGAGAUUGGGAACGCUACACUGAAGAAAUGCAAUGGGAAGCUCAAAGGAAACGAAAGUAUGUAGAUACUGAAACUGACAAUAUGGAGUUUGAACCGAAAAAGUCCAAUCAAGCUGUGGUCAGAAUAAAAUGGGCAUACACAGAAAACGCUCAAGCCAAUGCUUGCUAUACGGAAUCAUUUCUUAAAACAUGCUUAUCAGAGUUUGGUGAAGUAACUGCGUUUGUAUUCGGUAAACGUGGAAGUGGUAUUGCUGAGUUUUCCAAGUACAAAGAAGCAAAAAACGCUAUAGAGGCAUCAGAAAGCAGAACAGUUGGUCUUCCAAGUUUACCUUUGCAUCUUUCAUGGCUAUCAGAUAAUGAUACAAAUACUGAUAAGGAAGUAAACAAUAACUCAGAUAGAAUGAGAUAUCAAGAAGCUCAGAGAAGUUCAUCAAUGAAUGAUCCAAUGCCUAAUAAAAAAACUAACUUUGAUACAUUUGAACAGGAUAUAUUAUCUCGUAUGGCAAGCUUUGGACAGUGAGAAAACAGUGUGUACAGAAGAGAUAAUGUUGGUCGAUAAUGUACAAAAUGCUGUAUUGUUUUUUUUCUUUUCAAUGUGAAUAUAUAUACCCAAUGUUUUUUAUCUGUACAUAAUCUCUAUUGCACAAUAAAUGUGUAUCAUUU